GCUAAAGGCAUGGCAAGCCUUCCCUGGACCAUGGCAAAGGGGCUCUCCAAUGAGACAGUCAAUGCCAGCUUGGAGGUAAGCUUCCAGUACCCCCUCUUCACUGUCAUCUACAGCCUUGUCUUUGUGCUGGGACUGAUAGAGAACAUCCUUGUCCUGUACCUGUUAGCCUCCAAGGUCACCCACACCUCUCAUUCCUACAUAUACAUAAUGAACCUGGCUAUAGUAGAUACCUUGUUUGUUUGCAUUUUGCCCUUUAAAAUCCAUUACCAUCGAAACCAGAACCACUGGAUCUUUGGUGACCUGGCUUGCAGAAUCACUGGCACCUUCUAUUACAUCAACAUCUACCUAAGCAUUGCCUUCUUCACCUGCAUUUGUAUUGAUCGGUACAUAGCCGUGCUGCACCCCUUCACAUACAUCAAGAUCAAAGGCACCCACUACACACUAGUAGUCGUUGCCCUCUGGUUGGCUGCCGUAAGCAUUGCCAUCUCGCUGAUACUCGAGGGGCCUCUUCACAACAUCAACACAGGGAACAAGACAGCCUGUUUUGAGAACUUCCCAGUGACCAGCUGGACCCAUCGCAUGGUGCCCUACAACAUUCUUGCCUUGGUGUUUGGCUUCGUCAUUCCCUUUGCUGUCAUCCUGAUCAGCUACCCUCUUAUUGCCAAGCGCAUCUCCCACAUCAGGCACAACAUGUUCAAGAAGAAGGCCUUGAGGACUAUCUACUUGAUCCUGUUUAUCUGCACCAUGUGCUUCCUUCCUUACCACCUCACCCACCUCUUCCACUUCCUGGCUAGGGCUGAGCUCAUCAAAAAUCCCCAGUUUACCAACUUCAUCUACAAAAUGCGCCGGGUUACAUUAGCCUUGGUUAGUUUUAACUGCUGCCUGAACCCCAUCCUGUACUACUUCAUGUCUGCCAGCAAGCAGUGGCGCUGUCACAUCAGGCUUCGAUCCCGGCCCAAGCAGGUUUAUACCAUCUGUGACAGAAAAUUCAGUAACCAUUCCUGCUUUUACCAAAGCAAGUCAGAGCCAAAACUUGAAAGCAAAAACACAAGGAUGAAACACUGGUUUAUGUAAAACAAGGUCAAUCAAUCAUUCACCUCUAACUCUGAACUGUAGCACAAGUAGUAGUAAGGGAACUCUCUGAGGUCAAGGCUGUAUUAUGCCUGGUUCUAUACUUCUGAAGUGAAGUGUCCAUGUUAAAAACGGCUGCUUCCAUCCUACCUUGCCAAAAGAAGCAUCACCUGAUAACAGCAAUCUUUAUCUGUGGCUGCGGCCAAGCUGUAAGGCCUGGUAGCAGAGGUGGCAGAAAGCAGCCUGGUCUGUGAAUUAGAAAGACUUGCAUUUGUACCCAGUCCCACUGUGGGUUUCGUAAGCAGUGACAAAAUGUCAGAAGUGAGACUGCAGAGCAAAAUUUCCAAAUUAACAUUACUGUUAAGUUAAAAACAUCCUUUAUUGGAAAGUGGCAACGCUAGGCUGAUUUCCAAAGCAAGCAAGGCAGUUAUCUUGCUGGCACUUAACAUAUCCUUGUAGAAUAAGAACAAUUCCAGCCCUGAAUGGCUGCUGGCUACACACUGUGAAUUAAAAAGGGGAAUUAAAACACACAAGCAAUUGCUGUAUUACAUUUUGGCCUUAUUAAACAGAUUGUUUUUGUA